AUGACAGGCACGGGCCAUUCCAAGCUCAACGUGGUCUACUUGCAUGGUCUGUGCUCAUCAUGGAUGCGCCAGGACAAACUAUCACAUGUGGAGCUCUUCCGUCAGGACCAAGCCCGCGUAGACUACAUCCACCAUCGGGCAUCCAACGCCACCACCAAGCUAAACCCUAUUGGAAAAUCUCUUUUUGCAAGAGUUCCAGCAAUCAUCGAUUAUGAUAUUAAUCGGUAUGCCUUUAUCGUCAAUAUAGGCCUAGGUAAUCCUACAAAGUUCUUCUCACUUAUUGUCGACACUGGAUCCGAUCUCAGUUGGACCCAAUGUGUACCCUGCGUUAAUUGUUAUGACCAAAAAAACCCAUUUUAUGACCAAACCCAAUCCUCCAACUUCACCACCAUCCCAUGCAACUCUAAUUAUUGUACACAACUUGAAUAUUUUGGAUGCUCCUCUACCCUUACUUGCCUCUUCGAAGAAAGAUAUAUGGACAAUUCUAUAGUUAACGGCUCCCUCAUUACAGACACCUUACACAUAUCCAAUGAUAUUAUUUACAACUUUGUCUUUGGAUGUGGACAUGAUAACACUGGAUUUUUUACACAUGAGGAUGGGCUAUUAGGUCUUGGUCGAGGGCCUCAUUCAAUUAUUAGCCAAGCACCUCAAGCGUAUAACAAAAUAUUCUCAUAUUGUCUACCAUCAGGGCCAGAUGAAAUUGGAUAUCUCGAACUAGGUAACUCAGCCCUUGGUGUGAAGUAUACACCAAUGCUAACUGACCCAGAUUUUCCAUAUCUUUACUUCGUCAAUCUCACUGCCAUUUUAAUUGGGGGUGAAAAGAUCUCCCUUCCACCUACUAUAUUCAGCGGACCUAGAACUAUGUUGGACUCCGGCACAGCAUUUAGCCACAUUCCACCCACUGCCUACUAUGCCCUCCGCAGUAUUUUUCGAAAAGAAAUGAGCAAUUAUCCGAUGGCACCACCGUUGUACAAUCUUGACACAUGUUAUGACUUCACUAACUACUCACAAGUGGUGGUGCCAGAGAUUUCGUUGAUCUAUGAUGGCGAAGUGACAACAAACUUAGCUUUUACAGGGAUAAUUUUUGUGUUCACUAAAUCUCAAGGGUGCUUAGCCUUCGCUGAAAAUGAAGAUGAUAAUGAAUUUAUAAUCAUUGGUAAUAUGCAGCACCGCACGUUCAAUGUAGUCUAUGAUGUGGGGAACUUACAAAUUGGCUUUGGGGCUAAUGGAUGUAGCUAG